CCAGCAAGGAUAGGGAAACCCCGCCUCGGAGGUUGGCGGUGGCGGUGGCAGUGGCAGCGGCGGCCACAGCAGCUACCAAACCAUGGACACCUCUGGCGUCAGCGCUGGCGGCGGCAGGAGCUCUAGAUGGCCCUGGAUGAGCUCCUGCGCUCUACGGUCGCCUCUCUUGCCUAUUUCCUUUUUCUUUUGGUUGUUACUGGCCGCGCCUGGCGCUUGGGCCUCGGGCUACCAGACAUGUCCUACAGUGCAGCCAGAUAUGCUCAAUGUGCACCUGUUGGCCCAUACACAUGAUGAUGUGGGCUGGCUGAAGACUGUGGACCAGUACUUUUAUGGCAUCCAGAAUAACAUUCAGCAUGCAGGUGUUCAGUACAUCCUGGACUCGGUCAUCUCUGCCCUACUGGUGGAUCCCACCCGUCGCUUCAUCUACGUGGAGAUGGCUUUCUUCUCCCGUUGGUGGCACCAGCAGACAACUGCAACACAGGACAUUGUGCGGAAGCUGGUGCGGCAGGGGCGCCUGGAGUUUGUCAAUGGUGGCUGGGUGAUGAACGAUGAAGCGGCCACCCACUAUGGUGCUAUCAUAGACCAGAUGACACUUGGGCUGCGUUUCCUGGAGGACACAUUUGGCAGUGAUGGGCGCCCCCGUGUGGCCUGGCACAUCGACCCCUUUGGGCACUCUCGAGAACAGGCCUCCCUUUUUGCCCAGAUGGGUUUUGAUGGCUUCUUCCUUGGGCGCCUUGACUAUCAAGAUAAAAAUGUACGGGAGGAGAUGCUGAAGAUGGAGGAGGUGUGGAGAGCCAGCACCAGCCUGAAGCCCCCCACUGCUGACCUCUUUACAGGUGUGCUCCCCAACUUGUAUAACCCGCCAAAUGACCUGUGUUGGGAUGUGCUGUGUGCAGAUAGUCCCAUGGUGGAUGAGCCCCGAAGCCCUGAGUUCAACGCCAAGCAGUUGGUCCAUUACUUUCUACAGUUGGCCAAUGCCCAGGGUAAUUUUUACCGUACCAACCAUACAGUGAUGACCAUGGGUUCAGACUUCCAAUAUGAGAAUGCCAACAUGUGGUUCAAGAACAUGGACAAGCUUAUCCGCCUGGUCAACGCGCAGCAGGCAAAUGGGAGCCGAGUCCACGUUCUCUACUCCACGCCUUCUUGUUAUCUCCGGGAGCUGAACAAGGCCAAUCUCACCUGGUCGGUGAAAGAAGACGACUUCUUUCCCUAUGCUGACGGCCCCAACAAGUUCUGGACAGGCUAUUUUUCCAGCAGGCCGGCCCUCAAACGCUAUGAGCGGCUCAGUUACAACUUCCUGCAGGUGUGCAACCAGCUGGAGGCACUGGCAGGUCCUGCAGCCAAUGUGGGACCCUAUGGUGUGGGAGACAGUACACCCCUCAAACCCUGUCUGCACUGGACUUUUGACGAGUCCUUGGAGGUGGGGCUGGGCGUUCUGUGGAGACCGUAUCCGACUCACAUUCUGCUGGCAGAGGAGGCGAUGGCGGUACUCCAGCAUCACGACGCGGUCACUGGCACCUCCCGGCAGCAUGUGGCAAACGACUACGCGCGCCAGCUGGCAGUGGGCUGGGGACCCUGCGAGGUUCUGCUGAGCAACGCACUGGCGCGGCUCAGUGGCUCCAAGCAGAACUUCUCCUUCUGCCGCGAACUCAACAUCAGCAUCUGCCCGCUCAGCCGGAAGUCAGCCCGCUUCCAGGUCACCAUUUAUAACCCCCUGGGACGGAAGGUGGAUUGGAUAGUGCGGCUGCCGGUCAGCCAAGGCAUUUUUUUGGUGAAGGACCCCAAUGGCAAAACUGUGCCCAGUAAUGUGGUGAUGCUUCCUAGCUCUUACAGUAAGGAGUACCAAUGGGAGCUGCUGUUCUCAGCCUCAAUGCCUGCCCUGGGCUUCAGCAUCUACUCUGUGGCGCGCAUGACUGGUCGGAACCUCCAGGCCCACAAGAUGCAAUCCAGCUCCCCAAAGUCCAAUUCCCAUGUCUUGGCCAUUGAAAACGAGCACCUCCGGGCUACAUUUGACCCUGACACAGGAUUAUUGAUGAGGAUUGAGAACAUGGACCAGAACCUCUCACUCCCUGUGAACCAAGGCUUCUUCUGGUACACUGCCAACACUGGUGAUGCAGAGAGUGAUCAGGCCUCCGGUGCCUACAUCUUCAGACCCACUUGGUACCAACCACAGCCUGUGAGCCGCUGGGCUCAGAUCCACUUGGUGAAGACAGCCUUGGUGCAGGAGGCACACCAGAAUUUUUCAGCCUGGUGCAGCCAGGUGGUUCGCUUGUACCAGGGGCAGCGUCACCUGGAGUUGGAGUGGACUGUGGGACCAAUCCCAGUGGAGGACGGAUGGGGGAAGGAGGUCAUCAGUCGCUUUAAAACCGGGCUGAAAACAAAGGGUCAGUUCUACACGGACAGCAACGGCAGGGAGAUCCUGAAGAGAAGGCGGGAUUACCGACCCACUUGGAGACUGAAUCAGACUGAGCCUGUGGCUGGAAACUACUAUCCAGUCAACACUCGAAUUUACAUCACGGACGGAAACAUGCAGCUGACGGUGCUGACCGAUCGCUCCCAGGGAGGCAGCAGUCUGAAGGAUGGCUCGCUGGAGCUCAUGGUGCACCGACGGUUGCUGGUGGACGAUGGUCGCGGCGUGGGGGAGGCCCUGAUGGAGUCCGGAACUGGGGAGUGGGUGCGAGGGCGCCACCUCGUGCUUCUGGAUUCAGUUAAAGAAGCGGCCGCCAGUCACCGACUGUUGGCAGAGAAGGUGGUCCUGGCUCCCCAGCUGGUGCUGGCCCAGGGAGACGGCGCCUUGUACCACGCCCCCGCGGCCCGGCGCACGCAAGUGCGUCAGUUCUCUGGACUUCGCCGAGAGCUACCUCCACAGGUGCAUCUGCUCACACUGGCCCGCUGGAGCCGAGAGAGGCUGCUGCUGCGUUUGGAGCACCAGUUCGCAGUGAGAGAAGAUUCCGGCCGCAACCUGAGCUCUCCCGUAACCCUGAACUUGCAGGAUCCAUCCAUUCUUUGCAGGACCUGUUCUCAGGCUUCACCAUCACCCACCUGCAGGAGACCACUCUGGCAGCCAACCAGCUCUUGCACCGCGCCUCCAGGCUCAAAUGGAAACCUACCACAGGUCCCAUUUCCUACUCUGCUCCUUCCAAGCUGGAUCCUACCUCAGUCACAUUGCAGCCCAUGGAAAUCCGUACCUUCCUGGCCUCAGUCCAAUGGAAAGAACACAGCUAGGCACCCCCAGGAGGUGGAGAUGGCUCUUUCCCCUCCCCUUGUUGUAGCCACUCACAAAAAUCAUUAAAAUGCGCUACUAAGGUCA